CGCACAAAGCAGCUGGACCGUGAGCGAGAGAGAGGCUAUUAUAUGUCUGCACUGUAAUGUUUGGGCUUAAGGUCGGCACUCCGCACUCUACUAGCAAUAUAUAGGAGUAUUACAUAUAUGUACUUAACACAGUUAAUAUCCGCAUUCAGAUACUUAGAUAUAAUACGACACACCACCAUUUUCGAAGAGUCAACUUUUGUCCAUGUGCGUUUCAUUCUAGGGACGUUCAAAUCUGCGGCUCGAAAGUAUGCUCUCAAAAGAGUCGAAAGGCAGUUGAACACGCCGGAACAUAUAGGUUAGGUUAAGUCAUUCUGCCAUUGAACCUCAUAGAAAAAGUUAAACUACAUCUACGUGUAAUAAAUCAAUCGAUUUAGUACAUGAUGGAUGUAGAGAAGAUCGCGAUGUUUGCCGGUGUUGGUUUUGCCAUCGCUGUUGGCCUCUUUGUUUUGUGGGGCCCAUCACCAAGGCCCAGAAAAAAAGGCCGAGUUGUUGGAAUCAACAAUUUAGGAUACACAUGUUUUCUAAAUUCUCUCUUGCAAGCCUUAGCUGCCUGUCCUAUGUUUAUUCUGUGGCUUCAAACACAGCAGAAGAAAGAAAACAAGAAUUUUACUGAGACAUUAUUCAAUGUUCUCAAAAAAAUCAAUGGUUUUGCGGAUGACUUAUAUGGCAAUGUAACACCAGUUGAAAUUAUAUCUUCUAUUGGCUCAUUGUGGAAUUUUGGACCUGGUCAUCAAGAUACACAUGAAUUGUUUCAUGUGAUUUUAAAUGCAUUAGAAAGUGAAAUACAACCUGUUAAUAGAAAAGGUUGUCUAUCUGAUGCAUUGCCACCAAGUCCAACUACUGAAGUAGAUAUGAAAAGUGUAGGUGACCAACUGAGUCUUAGAAGUGCUUCGUGCAAUGAUAUCGCAUCAGCGAAGAACGAUUCAGAAACCUCAAAAGGCUUUGACAAAAAUUGCAAUAAUCAAAUAAUGACCUCGACUUCGUCUAUAUCUAACAUGUUCACAAGCUCACAUAAACCUGGAAUGAUCCUCGCCAGAUCUUCCGAAUUAUUGUCGCGAAAUACCAUAAGCAACAGCGAUUGCAAAGACAUUAGAUCAUGGAAGUCUCUAUGUUCAAUGCCAUCUACCAACAUUCCGUCGGUCUCGGUGGAGUCCCAUCCUUUUUCGGGUUUAAUAACCAGCCAACUUCAAUGUAAUAGUUGUUUUUGGAAGUCUUCGGUGCGUUAUGACAAGCUUGAGACUUUAUCAUUACCUUUACCACCUCUCACUUCGUCUUUCGUGCAACACCACACGUUGCAAUGGUUACUGUCGCGUUUCGUGGACAGCGAGAUGGUGCACGAUGUGCAAUGUGAUGGAUGUUCGUCGCGUUGCGAUGCCGUCAAAACCCUCACUCUCGGCAAACUGCCCAAAUGUUUGUGCUUACACAUCCCAAGGACCACGUGGAGCUCCUCAGGCCUGCUAAUUAAGAGGGACGACCGGAUCACAUUUCCCGAAAUUUUGGUGCUAGAUCCUUACACUUAUACAGAGACAAAAAAGAGAAACGCUCAGGGUGACGUGAAAUAUCUCGAUAAUAGUCUCUCAACGAUACAGGGUAAAAAUAAAUACCGGUUGUGUGCGGUGAUCGAACACCGUGGUCCGGUCGAUGCCGGUCAUUUCGUUUGCUUUCGACGCGGCAACAAAGCGGAUCAGUGGUUGUACACGUCCGACGUAAUUGUCGAAAGUGUAUCUUUGAUGCAGGUGCUGCUAGCCAGUCCAUACUUGCUCUUCUACGAGCGCGUUUGUCCUAGCUAGGAACAUAUUUUUGAGGUGAUAGGCAAUCUAUAAGAAUUACAAAAUUUACGCAUCGCGAUCGUGUUAACGAUUUUAACGGGUCCACUAUUUUUAGCCACACUUUCUUGCACUUUUACUGUAUAAAGUGAACUAAGAGAAACGUAAAGUUAUAAGAAAUCACGUGCGUGAGUAAAAGUAAAAAGUGUGGCCGAAAACAACGGACAUAAGAUUUGCAAAAUGCAGGAGACUGUCGAAUUUUCCAUAAUCAGAUUUAAUAUCGUCCGGUAUAUAACUACGGUAGCAUACAUCGUCAUAGUUCGUGACUAUAAAACGUAUUCCUAACUCAUACUUUCUUAUAGCGGCGACUAUGUAUAUCGAGUAUGUAUAUGUGGAAUUCAAAAACAUUUUAUUAGUGACGAAUAUGAUGAUGAUAACUACAAUAAUAAUAGUAAUAUCAAUUGCCAUUAUUAUUAAGUGUUGAAAUCUAAACAAGUAGUAGUUUUAAGAAACACGGAAAUCUCUUGCUUCUGACAUGUAGUAGUAAUAGAUUUCUAUUAAAAAGAGACUGUCAAUUCUUGUAAAUCGUUUCAUCAACAAUUUGUCGUCAUUAAAUUUUAUUUUAAUGAGGACUAGGAAAGGACUUGUGCCAAUAAAAGCUUUUUUGUAUUUAUUGAGAACGGUAAGAAUUCGAGGAGUAUCUUGUAUUUUUUUAUUAUUUAUAUUCUGUAGAUAUGCGUGAACUCUCGUAUAUAUGCAUAUGUGCAAUCACUUAAAACUGUUGCGAACUACGAAUUCGUGUUUUUUUAUAUAAUAUAAUAUUGAAGAAUUUAUUUUCUUUGUAGUUCGCAUACGGCAGAAACAUUAAUGCCUUUAUACAUAAAGAUGUAUUUUUUCAGUGUUAAAGUAUUAUCGAGGCAUUAUUGGUGCAACUUUAUGUGUAAAGACAUUAACGCUUCCUGUUUGAGAGCGCAAAACACGUGCUAAUUACAGACUGAAAUUAUCUUAACAUUAUAUACACGUAUAUGUAAUUUAAAAAUUCACUGAGAAUGUAUUAAAAUGAAAUAAACUUUAGAUGCAAAACACA